AUGGCAAGACCCCAACAACGCUAUCGAGGAGUUCGUCAAAGGCACUGGGGUUCUUGGGUCUCUGAAAUUCGCCACCCUUUAUUGAAGACAAGAAUAUGGCUUGGCACCUUUGAAACUGCAGAAGAUGCAGCAAGAGCAUAUGAUGAAGCAGCUAGGCUCAUGUGUGGACCAAAAGCACGCACCAACUUUCCAUACAACCAAAAUGAACCACACUCAUCUUCAUCCAAGCUUCUCUCUGCCACUUUGACAGCAAAGUUACAUAAGUGUCACAUGGCUUCGCUUUCCCUUCAAAUGGCUAAACAGAAACCAGCCCAAAAAGACCCUCAAGGUUCACAAAGAUCCAAUCCAUUUCCCUCUGGCGGUGACAUUGCUGGAACAAGCGCUGAGAGUGGUUUUAGAUGGCCAGAGAACAGACACGAGGAAUUGCAAUGGCUAGAAGGGAAUUGGGUUGGGCUUGAAGGCCAAGUUGAAGUUUCCCAUCAACAAUUUCAGCCAGUUCUUGAAGAAGAUCACAUAGAGCAGAUGAUACAAGAGUUGCUUGAUUAUGGAUCAAUUGAACUUUGUUCUGUUGGCUCAGCUUAG